GGCGGUAAAAGCGCCAGGCUCAUAUUUCCUCAACAUCCCAAAGGGCAGCACUUUAGUGCCGACCCCGCCAAUUCUACUCUAGCAACACUGCCGCGAGCGAGACGCUCUAGACCUAAGAAUCAAAAGACUGGUCACGCUCCUGUUUACUCGCCUCAUACAAGGAAUCUCUUACUUCAUGAUCAAGUGAUUGGUCUGAUCGAGAGGUUAAUCCAACAUGUCCGCCGCACGAAUUACGGAGCGACCAGCUCGGAUUCUGGUGAUCGGAGGAUCAUACGCUGGCCUUUCUGUAGCUUUGAACCUUCUCGACCUUUGCAAUGGCUUGCCAUCCCGUUUCACAGGAAACAAUUCUCCUUUGAUCCCUUCCCAGAGAGUUCCUGUUGAGAUAACAAUCGUAGAUGAGCGAGAUGGGUUCUACCACUUAAUCGGUUCCCCGCUAGCGUUUGCAUCUUCGGAAUAUGCCCUAAAGGCAUGGACACUGUUCCAAGACAUUCCUGCCCUUCAGACUUCGGCUGUCAAGUUCGUCCGUGGGAGCAUUAGUGAUCUUGAUUGUGAGGAGAGGCUCGCAACGAUCAUCGAGCACGGAACGCAGCAAAGUGUUCAUAUUGAAUACGAUUAUUUCGUCGCAGCUUCUGGACUCCGGCGAGCUGCACCCUCAGCACCCCAGGCAUUGUCGCGAAAGCAGUAUCUCCUGGAAACCGCAGAGCAUAUCCGCGCAGCAGAGGCGGCAAAGGAUGGAGUCAUUGUUGUUGGUGCUGGCGCAGUUGGCAUUGAAAUGGCCGCUGAGCUCAAACUUCUUUUACCGAAGAUCAAGGUCACGCUGAUACACUCAAGGUCCAGGAUACUGUCGUCUGAGCCACUUCCAGAUGAGUUCAAAGAUCUUGCGCUAAAACUAGUGCAUGAGGCUGGUGUGAAAACAAUCCUGGAUGUCCGAGUUAUUGAGACAAUCGAGAGCAAGACAUCAGAUUCUGCGCCAUUUGAGGUAUUGCUGUCAGACGGAAGGCGGAUUAAAGCUGGCUUGGUGAUCAAUGCCGUAUCUAAAUUCCACCCUACAGCCUCUUAUCUUCCACCCAGAGCUUUGGAUCCAGAGGGCUAUGUGAAGAUAAAACCAAGUCUGCAAUUCAAUAGCGAUAUUCCAAAUGCAUUUUACCACCAUGCUGCUGGUGAUAUUGUAUCCUGGUCGGGAAUAAAGCGAUGCGGUACUGCAAUGCACCAGGGCCAGUACGCGGCAAUCAACAUUCAUAAGAAAAUAUUAGCACAGAUUUGUGGCAUUACACCGACAUACAAAGAACUUGCUUUUGACGUUCCGCCGAUGAUGGGGCUUGCAGUUGGUAAGAAGGCUGCUUCGUGUGGGCCCCCUGAUCACACAGUGACUGCAGGGGAAGAUGUGAUGCAGUUAUUCUUUGGUAAUGACUUGGCUCUUACAAUCUGUUGGAAUUAUAUGCGUCUUGGAGAUGCGCCUUUCAAGGUAGAACCGUUAUCGACUUCUGUAGAUGGAGAAGAUACAAAGGUUGACACACUCUCUAGCCAACGAGCCAAUCUGUACAUGAAAAGGCUGUCAGUCAGAUAGUCAGUUGGAGCCGGUCGCUGAGCUUUAUUUUCCACCUUUUGGGCAAUACGGGCAAACAUUUAUAUUCAUUAGGGGUAUCCACAGUUCGGCAAUUUACAACUCUUUUCAGUUGAUAUUACUUAUGCCGUUGAUUCAAAAGUUGCACUUACCAGUUGACUUUCUAUGCAACGCACUUUUU